GUACUAUAUAAACUCUUACCAACUACCAAUUCAUGUGUCAAUUGUGCUGUUCAUCAUCUACGUACAUGGGUCAGUAGACAACAGUGGCUCGUGUCCAGCAACGUGUAACCAGGUAGUCUGUCAUCAGCUCUACAUACGUUUUCCUUUAUUAUCUUGACCAUCAAAACUAUUGUGCAUCACAGUGUUCCUGCUGUGUUCAACUUUCCCUCAUAUUACUUUGAUUCUCUCGAUCUGCUGAGACUCUUUAUAGAUUUCCAUUGUCGCCAUAUUCCACCAUGUCAUCGUGCCCUUAUAUUCCGCCAGAGAUAAUCCAGCACAUCGCACACCAUCUCACUCAUGAUUGGGUCGAUUGUCGAAACAAUACAGUGUGGCGCCUCGUCCCAGGCGCUGCCAGCUACGCCACUGUCAACAAGGUUUGGCAGGAUGCCAUUGAGCGCGAGAUCUUUUCCGAGAUUGACCUUAGGCUCAGCCGUCUCGCCGAGGCUGAUGCCAUCCUAAAUGGGAACCCACGACGCCGAAAGUAUGUGCGUAGAAUCUCGCUCAGGGUCACCCCGUUUUUAUAUUAUCAUCCCAAGCCGUUGUAUCGACAGAUCGGCCGUCUACCGCCCGAAUUUGUCAACGAAAGCCGCCGCGUGCUGCAAGCUACGUUGGAGGGAUUCCUGUCGGUGCUACGCCACUGGGCCUCUAGCCCCGCUAUUACAUUACAUCUUGACCAAGGUUACCGACAUCGUUAUGUCUAUUUUACCUACGAUCCAAUCGAGAUUGAAGCACGGCAGCGGAUUAUAGAGCUUGCACCCGUGCAUGCGAUUACGGAGCUAGAGAUGUGUUGGGGAGAGCAAAUUCUUUCCGCUGCGGCUUUGUGCAGUCUCCUAGCGAAGCUGCCGGCACUCAGGAAGGCCAAAAUCCGGUUCCAAGAUCGUGGACUUGAGUCGCGAAACGAACUUGCUCAAGGGCUUCUGAAUUUCACGCAUUCUCUUGAUGAACUCACCAUCGAUUGCUGCGGCUACCCGAGGUUUCCCCCAUACGGAGCAAAUGGAUGGGAGGAAGAUAGGCUCUCUCACGCGCUCGGCAUCAUUUCCCAGCGCGUACGAGUACUUUGUCUCUGUGGAGUCUACCUCAGUACAGCCGUAUUCCUCCAACCUAUGUCAGACCCUGGAAUUGCACACUGGGCAAGGCUGGAAGAGUUCAGGGUUUAUAACCCGCGUGUGUGUUCUCUGGGGGAGCACAUACAGUUCUUGCAGCGUAAAUACAAUUUUAACGACAGACACGCCGAAAUUAAGCAUCUAUACUUGGCUGCGGCACGUGCAGCGCUCGAGAUGCCUUUGCUCAAAUUCAUGACAUUCGAUGUCUAUAUCAAGUCCAGAGUAUUAGUACCAUAUAGCAGUCUCAGAUACUAUCGCGAUACACGUGCCAACACCGCGAAAGCGUGCUGGAGAAGUGGCGAGGGCUUCGUACCCGACGCAGAGUUGGUGCUUGCAUGGCAGGAAGUGGCAUGGAAACAUCUAGAGGGCAAGGAAUUAGAAGUCGAAAUUUCAAUUGAUCGUCAUUUUUUUACGAAAACCCACGCACUAGUUUCGUGCAGCUGCCCAUGUAAAUGGCCACUAUGAUUGAAAUCCUACACAAACUAAUUCAUACCCUUGACUCAUGGUGUUGGCAUAUAUAGCAGUAGUACUAGGUAUUUGAGUACCCGGUGCAUCGGUUUUUACUCACACAUGGUAUUGAUAUUAGUGAAGGGAUAGUUUCGCUCAUUCAACAAGGGAUGAGAUCGGCAAACCUAAGGCAGUGGGUAAUUUGACGGGAAGAAAUGGUAUGGGAAUCGGCUGUAUUAUACACGAGAUAGAUUCAUCUCUG